GAGCAAGACAACAGCACUCACCGAAAAGAACUAAACAGGAAACGGAUUUGCUUCGUUUUCUUCCGAGUCACUAUCGAAAUUACGCAUAUAUAUUUUCUGUUAUUUGUUAAGAAAUAGAAUUCGAUCUCCUAAAUACUGGUUUUAUUUUCUUAUCUCUUACAAAUAUCUUUACACCUAAAUAUCACAGUUUCAUUAGGCUAUAAUAUGUGAAAAUAUAUGAGUGACAUUACGUAAUUGUCACAGAUGUGAAGUAACUUUAUGUAUUACGAAUAAAAUAAUUCUAUGUACUCGGCCUAGUAUUAAUAAGAAAAACAUAAUAGUAUAUAGAUGCUAUCGACAAGUAAUAAAAAACAUGCCACUUUACUUUAAAGUGUAAAUUAAAUAUUGAAGCAAUGGCUGGUUCUAUAGAAGAGGUUAGAAAUCCUUUGUCUACAAACAAAGGAUUUUCUGCUGUAAGGUCGACGGUAUCUUACGAAGAAAUUGCUACAAAACUUAUAAAUGAAAAAUUUUUACUAACAGCUUUGGAAUUACAUGCGGAAUUAUGUGAAGCUGGAAGAGAAUUGCUAAUUCUUAAAGAAUAUUUUUCUAAUCCAAAUAAUUUCGAAAAUCAAAAUAUCAAACCAGAGCCUGAUACACCUAUGCCUAGAUCAUCUAGUCAAGCAACUUUGGAUUCCCUUGAUAAUAUGACAAGGUACUCUGAAGAUGGUACUGGAGUUGAUGAAAGAGUUGCGAUUUUGGAAUUUGAACUUAGAAAUGCAAGAGAAAGUAUUUCUGCCCUUCGUGCAAAUCUCACUGUUGUUACGGAAUUUGAUGGCGUAACACCCGAUAAACGUUCGGAAAAGAAAGUUAAUAAUGAUAAUCCUAUAAAGCCUCAUGAACAAAGAGCUUUAAAUUUUCUUGUUCAUGAAUAUUUGCUUACACAUUUUUAUAAAUUGACAUCAGUAACAUUUAGUGAUGAAAAUGAAGAUCAAGACCUCGAAGAUUGGCAGGAUGUUGGUUUGAACAUUUCAAAACCUUCUGGAUUAUUACAACUUUAUAGGGAAUACAUGAGAGCUAACGGUCAUGACAAGCCACCUUCUGUAAAUGUUUCUGUUCAAACUGAAUUCGGAGAUAAUGAAGUAGAAAGAAAAGAGAACGAGUUGAAAGAAAUGGAAGAGCAAAUAGAGCAAUUAAAACAACAAACUGUAUCAUUAGAAAAAGAGAAGAUGGAUCUUCAGCAUUAUAUCGAUACUACCAAUGAAAAUUUGAUACAAGAUAAUAAGCAACACAGUAAUGAUACAAUUCAAUCUAUAAAUUCGAAUUCUACAACGCCAGAUAAAUUUGAAAUUCUUGAGUCUCCUCCGCGCGAUGUUUCAAAUGCAACUCAAGAUCCAGAAGAAGAUGAUACUGUUUCUGUAGUAGUAAGUUUAGGUGAAACUGAUCCAGGAGAUAAAGAAUGGACAAGGAUACAGUUACCUAGAGCUGAUGUUACAGAAGGUUCAACUAUUUUAUCAAAUGCACCGUCCAGACUUAUGGCAUUAUCAUUUAAAUUAGAAGUUCUUAAUCUUUGUUUGGUGGAUACUGUAAGUGAUAUGAUAGCAGUAGCAGAAGAACCAUUUAAAGGUGAAGUUUCUCUCGAUACAUUUGUUAAAAUUUUGGCACAAACAUUACCUCGAAUAAUACCUAAUAUUAUAUUAAACAAACGAGAAGAAGUUAUACCUUUAAUAAUAGGCACAGUUGGUUUACAUUCCGACUCGGGGGAGAGAGAAAAAUUAUUAAAACUUCUCUUUAAUUUAAAAAAAAGGCCGCAAGAAGAGGAACGACAAAUGAUCAUAGCUGGUUUAGUGGCAAUGGCCAAUCUUGAAAAUGAACCUAUCGGAGGAGAAGAAGUUUUAACUUUGUGUUGGGAACAAAUCCAACACAAGUAUCCAGAAAGAAGAUUAUUAGCUGUUGAGUGUUGUUCUGCAUUAGCUACAUUUACGAUAGUUUCUGUCAGAAAUUCCCUAACGUUUUCUAUGCUACAACAAAUGCUUUUAGAUGAUAAAGAUCCUUCAGUUAGAGCUAGUGUAGUAAAAUGUUUAGCUCUACUUGUAACACUCAUGGAUAUACCAGAUAAAUAUUUUCAGUGUGAAGAACUUGCUUUUACAGCCUUGAAUGAUUCUUCUUCUAUAGUAGUCAAUACGACAACUUCUAUAUUUUUACCAGUCCUAGCACAGUGGGCAUUGUCUUUAAAAAGAUUUAGGUCGCAUCUUUUACCACGUUUAAUUUUAAAAGUAAAAAAUCGUAUAAAACCUAUAAAUUCUCAAAAUUCGCCUGUUAAAGAUAAUAUAGACGAAGAGAGAAUAGAAUCGUUGAUUGGUGCAUUACAAUAUUUACUUCCUCAUACCAUUGUGUGCGUUGCUGAUACUGAUAUAGUUAAAAGUUUUAUAGAACCUUCAAUUUCGAUAGAAUUACCUGCUGAGUUUUUGAGUAUAUGCAAGUGUAAUAUAAUUAAUCCAAAAUUAUUUUAUGAUAACGAAAGGCAUUACGUAGGUUCACUUUUAAAUACAUUUUUUUUAUAUACCUGGGAGAAUGAUUUAUGGCCAGAAUUAGAAUGGUUUACUAAUAAAUUAAUUAUAGAUAUUCUUGAAAUAGUAAAAUCUACGGAAAUAGUACAAGAAAGUGUUAUAAAUUCACUACUCACAUAUAUACAAUCGUUGUGCAUUGGUUUUGGAAAAUAUAUUACUCAGACAAGGAUUCAACCAAUAUUUUUAUCGGAAAUAACAGAGUUAGAAAAACAAUUAUCAACAUUAUCAAUGGAUAAUAAAAAUCUCAGUUUAACAUUAAUUCCGGCUUACUUAAUUAUACUAAGCACUUUAAAUGGUAUCGAAGUUUCAAAAUCUAUCAAACAAUUUUUAGUUGUUUUGUCUAUGAGUGGGAUCAGUAUUACAAGUCUUCAAAUUGCGAUUGUAAAAUUAUGUGCUAAAGAAGAAAUGCAAGAACAUGUACUAACAGGCUUAUGGGAUGGUGUGGUGCAUCAGAGAUCUAGUGUAAGAUGUGCAGUUGCAACAUUAUUUGGUUCUGUCAUAGCUCACACUUCAGAUCGAUUGAUAAGUGGAAGAAUAGUUCCAGCUAUUGUAACCUUGGCCAGUGAUCAAGAUAUAGCUGUAAAAGCAUCAGUUAUACCUCCCUUAGGUCGUCUUAUUACAGAAUGUAAAUUAAGAGAAGCACGUGAUAAGGCACGGUUAACUUUAGAAACUAUUGCUAGAGAAUCACAAAAUGUUUUGUCUGUAUUAGCUACUCCUCUUGUUUCAACUUUAGCUUAUAUUGCUCCGAGUUGUCCGCAAAGCUAUAUAGAGGAUGUAAUUGCAACACAAUUAACUGGAAUAACAACAACAGCGAUUCGACGAAAUCGUAAAGUAGAUCUUUGCAAUGCUUUGGUCGAAGCCUACUCAGUUUUAGUUUAUUGUCCACUGAGUAAUCAAUGCAUUUCUGGAGUUGUAUUACCUGGUUUAAGGCAUUUAGAAACCUUGGUUAAUCAAAGUUUGCCACAACAAAAAGAAACUGUUAAAUCUUUAUUAAGAGAAGCAGAAUCUCAUCAAGAUAUUGUUAAACCCAUCGAAAGAUCAAGCUCAAUGAGUUCUGGACUUUCCUUAUCAAUGGCGACAGUUAAUGUAGGGCAAGGUGUAGAGGACAUGCGACAAAGAAUGAGCAAGAUUUUUCAACAGAGACCUAGUUCUUCAACAGUGACGAGUAUUUUCAAGAAAAAGUAGUUAUAUUAUUUAUAAUAUUUUUAUAUUCUUCGCUUUAUGUAUAUAAUUUCGUUUUUC